GCCAGAAAGCGGAGAGCGGCGGGCGGUGCAGCCAAUGGGAGGCGGCGAUGGCUAGCGGCUGUGAGGCGGGGCCUGCGCGGGUGUUAGGUUCGCGCGAGGCGUGACCUAGUUGACAGGCUCCGAGGUGCUGCUGUGGCGGCGUCCGCGGGGCUGAGGCGGGUGGGAGCCGAAGCCGAGCGCGGGCUGAGGGAGGAGGGCGGCGACUGGAGCUGCGAGCGGCGUGGGACCCGGAGCCUUUUUCACUUUUUCCCUCCCGAGUGCCCCCUCCCAGCCCUCCCACUCCACACUACCCUGUUUGCCCGUGAGCCUGGGGAACUUGCAGCUGAAAGCCAGCCACCCCCACGGCAACAUGUACCCCAGCAACAAGAAGAAAAAGGUGUGGAGAGAGGAGAAAGAACGCUUACUGAAGAUGACCCUAGAGGAAAGACGCAAAGAAUACCUAAGGGACUACGUUCCCCUGAACACUAUUUUAUCGUGGAAGGAGGAAGUGAAGGGCAAGAGCCAAAAUGAUGAAGAAAAUACUCAGGAAACAUCACAGGUGAAGAAAAAUUUGAGUGAAAAAGUUUCUCUCUAUAGAGGUGACAUCACAUUGCUAGAGGUAGACGCUAUAGUCAAUGCGGCAAAUGCCAGUCUCCUUGGAGGAGGAGGUGUGGAUGGCUGCAUUCACAGAGCGGCUGGCCCUUGUUUGCUGGCUGAAUGUCGCACCCUGAACGGCUGUGAUACUGGGCAUGCGAAAAUCACAUGCGGCUAUGACCUGCCUGCAAAAUAUGUCAUCCAUACCGUAGGGCCAAUAGCAAGAGGCCAUAUUAGUGGUUCCCACAAGGAAGACCUUGCAAAUUGCUAUAAAUCAUCUCUGAAGCUGGUGAAAGAAAAUAACAUCCGAUCAGUUGCAUUUCCCUGCAUUUCAACAGGCAUUUAUGGUUUCCCGAACGAGCCUGCUGCAGUGAUUGCCCUCAGUACCAUUAAGGAAUGGCUGGCCAAGAAUCACCAUGAGGUGGACCGAAUCAUCUUCUGUGUCUUCUUAGAAGUCGACUUCAAAAUCUACAAAAAGAAAAUGAGCGACUUUUUCCCUGUAGGUGAUAAUGAAGAAGAAGAUGUUGACAUGAAAGAAGAUUCAGAAGGGGUAGAGCCAAAAGCCCUCUCUCCACCCCACAAGAAAAGCAAAGCCAAGAAGCCGGAAAGUUCCAAAGACUCUAGCGAGGAUGAGAACGGUCCAGAGGAAAAGCCAAGCGUGGAAGAAAUGGAAGGGCCGAGCCAAGAAGCAGGUGGGCUCAGAUUUCUUUUGAAGAGUCUCCUAGGCCUCAUCCACAGAGAUGGCGUCAGUGCUGCUACUGUGCACAGCCCUGCUUCAGAAGAGGCCGUUGAAGUCUGUAAAGACGAAGAUUCUGCAAAAGAUGACAAUAUUGCAAAUGACAGUGAAGUAACAGAUCAUUCAGUGUGUGACCAAGAUCAUCCCAAUGGACAAGAGAACGAUUCAGCGAAUAAUGAGAUAAAAAUUGAGGAAGAGUCACAGAGCUCAUACAUGGAAACAGAAGAGCUUUCAUCAAACCAAGAAGAUACCACGAUUGUGGAGCAACCAGAAGUGGUCCCACUGACAGAUGUCCAAGAAGAAAAAGAAGGAGAAAAAGCUCAAGGCGAGGACACGCCUAGAGUUCCUGUGAAAAGCCAAGGCUCCUGUGACACAGAAAACUCCGCAAGUCCUGAUGUUGAAAUGAAUAGUCAGGUUGACAGUGGAAAUGACCCAACAGAGAGUCAGCAAGAAGAUUAACUAAUAGGGGCACAAGAUGAAGCAAAGGAACAAAGAAAUGGAAGUAGAUGCCAGUCCUCAGCAUUCCAGCCUCUGCUGGCCCUGGGGGAAGAGUGGGAGCCAGCAGGGGUGCUGUGGAGGAGGGUGGGGGUGGGGGAGGCAAGUCCCACGCAAGGAUGGGGAAUCCUUUGCUCUAAUUUCUCAGCUGCAUUUUGUUCUUUUUACUUGCAGAAAAAGAAAAAAAAAAAAAAAACUUUCUUUAACUUGGUGGGGCGACCCACAUUAACGCAUCUUUCAGGCUCUGUUCCUGCAAUUUCUGUCUUUUUUCUCACAAUUGCGCCCCAGCGUCAUGGUUUAGCACUCACGUGUGUAUCCUGGCCCUGUCUGCUUUCUCGGUUAUUUCACAAAGCUGGUUGGACAGUAGUUUCUUCAAAGGAAGGAGGAAGACCAUUGUUUUGAUAAGCUGCAGGCUAAAUUUCAGGAAUCGCCAAGCCCAAUAUCAGUAUAAUCCACAGGCAAAGGAGGCAGGAGAGGAAAUGGGCAAAAACCCUCAGAAAUCACUUGGGAAAAGGUCAGGAUGGUGACUUGAAAAUGAUACCUUCUUCAGGGAUUCCCACAGCACGGGUUACAGCUUUGUUUAACAUGCAGUUAGAGAGGAAUAUGCCCGCAGGGCUUCAUCCAGAGCCGAGCACAGAGAUGUACAGGAGGGCAAGCCCUGACAGCUUUCAUGCCUCUCCUUCCAUGGGUAGGACAGCAGGAAUGUUCUUAUUUGACACUGACGUUUAGCAGAGCUUUCUGGGUUUGUGAGGUCUUUACCGAGUGCGGCAAUGUGGAGCCCCCCAGUGGGCUGUGAGUCAGUGUGACACCAUCCUGAGGGAUGACACUUUUCUAGGUGUUUUAGUUAAGAGAGGGGGGCUGCUGCAUUUAGGAUCCAAACAUAUGCCUGUGAUAUUAAAAGCUCCACUUGGAAUCUCUCUUCAUAUACAUGCUUUUCAUAAAAAUAAAACAUGUUAUCUUUACCCAAGGUCUGAUGGCCUGCAGAGCAGAUUCUCACUUGAAAUUAGAGGCAGUGAGAGGUCUUGCUUGCAAUUUUGGCUUCCAGUUCCCUUUAAAUAGUGUGGCUUGCCCACGCCAAGUCCAAGACUAAUGUGAUAGCUGGCCCCCUCUCUCAGCAGAUUAUGACCAUUAAAGGGGGGAGCAGCUGUAGUUAAGAUCCAAGAGGCCAGAAGUACAGUCAGCACAGGGGUGAAGGACCCAGGAAAAGGUCAGACGUCACAAAUGUCUGUCCAAGAGCCAACAUGAACAAGGGCCCUCGUGGGGCAAGAUGACUGCUUCCCACAGCCUCCUUGGGUCCCAAGACCAUCCCCCUCCACCCCCCACUGUGGAAACUGUUAUCAUUUCUUGCAUAGCUUCUUAAAUCCAUCUUUCUUAUAAGAGCUUUAGAAUUGUAAGUUAUUUAUAUACAUUUUUCUUAGUACAGGGAUAAAAGUAAUGGAUCAAAUCGAGUAUUUCUAAAAUAAAAGGAUGUUUUGCUUUUUAAAUAUUCCAUGAAAUUCUUCAGUUUUGCCCUUUCCUCUAUGGAAAUUCAACUCCUUAUCUUUCAGUGAAAGCUGUGUUGGCCUCUCUGAAUUUGCUGCCCUUAUGCAUAGUUUACUUGGUAUACUGAAAUCAAGUGUGAGUUACAGUUCUGCAUAUGUAAUAUGAUUUUUAACAGUCCAUAUUUUAAAAACAAUCUCAUCAACCUAGCAGCCAUGCUUCUUUUAAGUCAGUGGUUCUCAACCUUGUGGCCCUUUAAAUACAGUUCCUCAUGUUGUGAACCAACCAUAAAAUUAUUUUCGUUGCUACUUCAUAAC